AUGUCACGCAGGGUUGGGCGGAGAAACGUCGGAAGGGAUUUGGGCGAUUCUGGGUCAACGAACAUCAAAAGUGAAGGUGUUGGUGCUGUCAUUUGCAAGUGCAAACUCCCUGCUUUGGUACAAACUUCUGGGACUGAGUUGAACCCAGGCAGACAGUUUUAUGGUUGCCCUAAUUGGAUGGAUCCGAAAUCUGGGUGCAAUUUUUUUCGUUGGGUGGAGUCAAGUUCUGAUAUAUCAGAGGCACGAAACAAUGAUGUUGACGGUAUGAUGAUGAAGUUGGAAGAAAGCUUAAGGCUGGCCGAAUCGAAGGCAGUGAGAAUGAAGAAGGAUAAGCUACUUCUGGAGGAGGAGUUAUGCAAUUGGGUGAAAAUUGAGAGAGAUCGAACAACUGAAUAUCAGAAUUUGUAUAAUGGAUUGCGAGUGAUUCGAUAUAUGCUUAGUUUCUUCUUGGUUCUUAAUGUCUUACUGAUUGUAUUUCUGUGGAAGCAGUAA